CAGUUCUUACUUGAAAACGGAACAGAGCACAACGUCAAACCAACAAGCGUAAUUGCACACACGUUCUUUCAUUAAAUAUGCUCAGAUUAUCUCGCUCCCUAGUUCCAUUUGUUACUUCCGCUGUGCUGUUGUGUUUGAUAUACAAGAGCGAUCACCAUCAAUUACGCCAGAUGAGACUGAACUCGUUAGAGCAUCUGCUGUCGAUCUCUGAACAGGACAAAGAGACGAUGGUCUCUUGCGAAGUCUCAUUUAAACUGGGCAAGUGCUCCUGCACAAGAACGAUCUUCGCGAAUGUGCCGCCAGACGCUUGCCCAAACGUUUCGUCCCCGGCACAAGCCAUCCUCAAAGAAAUCAAGACUCGGUACGGGGCAUCCACAUGUGGCGACUGGGCUACCUUGAGAGGUCCUAAUCAAAAGGUGGUCAGUUACUCCAUUUACGGUCCCUACCCGACUGGAUACUACGAUGGGAUGAACAUGAUACUGCCUCGAAUCGAAGAAGUCUACCCAGGUUGGGUGACCCGACUCUACUACCGAACCGACGAGAGUAAUCCGAACAUCACCAGAUGGAUGUGUGACCUGGCUUGCAAGCAUCCUCAUCUCGACCUCUGCGAUGUCGAGAGGCUUCCGGUGUUCGGAAACAUCACUUACUCCGUCGGAAGAGUGUGGAGGUUCGCGACGAUGGGCGAUAAUCUCGUCGACAAAUUCAUGGUGCGAGACUCGGAUUCCCCGAUCUUGCAGCGAGAAGUUGACGCUGUGAACGAGUGGCUGGCAGACGGGACGUGUUUCCAUGUGAUGAGAGACCACCCAUUCCAUGGAAUACCUAUGCUGGCCGGGAUGUGGGGUGGCUGCAACACCUGGAAGCCUGACCAGAUCUUCAACGUGACAGCCCGUAUUCUCAGAGAGUCAUCUUGGUCCAGGGCUGAUCAGCCUGUUAUGGGAAGAAGGUUGUGGCCAAUUGCUAGCAUGAAUAUCACGCCCCACGACGCCUACUCCUGUAGAUCAUUUGGUAAGAACAAGCCUUUUCCAAGCAAGAGGGUCAACUUUACGUACAUUGGAGAAAAGUCCUACAUGAAGGCCUUCAAGAGGCCAAAAACGUUUUGGGAAUGUCCUGUAUAUUGUCGACCCAAGGAUCAUCAAGAUUGGAAGUACUGCUAGGCAGCAACAAAUCAGAUAUUGAUUAGUGAUGCCCAAAGCAGUGAAAAAAAAAUAAUUUUCCAUAGUACCUACAGUUCUGUUUUAUUUAUUUGUCAUUUACAAAUUUGUCAUAUAAGCCAUUUCGCCUGUGAUUUAAGUAUUGAUAGUGAUAUCACUAGAUUCUUAUUUUGGGAUAGGUUUCUUGAACUGUCAUUUUUGUUAAGAUAGCUUGUUAGAAUUAUCAUAUCUUAUCCCUCUGAUUUCAUGUCCAAACUUUCUGUUUUGCUUGCUUUGAUUCGUAAUUUGUUUCCAUUAUUUUUCCUAAGUAAACAUUUCCUAAGUAAACAAUCUCGAAGACUGCAGGAAACAUGAUAGAAGAAUGCAUGCAUAAUAGAUUGAAUACCUAAGCUACUUCUGAUAAUGUUAAUCAGCGAAAGACAAAUUUGUAUGGAAGAUAAUAAAUUGAAUACCUAAGCUACUUCUGAUAACGAUAAUCAGCGAAAGACAGUUGCAGUCUACCACAGUAUGGGAAAUAUCGUAGCCUUCGAGAAGGAAAUAAACAAUAAAAAUAAUCGCUACUAAAACGGUUACUUCUUGUAACCUCUAAAUACUGUGUCAUUUUAGAACCAGCUUUAGUAACACGAAACCAUCAAUGACAAUGAGGAAUAAUGCACUCAUAAACAUAUGAAAUCCGUUAACAACGUCUCUCACAAGCUUUACUUUAUGGCAAUUAAACAUUAAUCCUUCAGCUUAAUUGUUGUAGCACGCACUACCGAGCCUCUGUUAAGUCAUCUACAAGGCCACAGAAACAAUGAUGACAUAUCAAAAGAUGUCUAAAACAGAAGGAAUGACAGGUAUCAUCUUGAAAAUAACAUAAAAACUGUCAGCAGUGAGACUAGAUUAACUUUCCAUUGAUGCAAAACUUGUAAUUCUUCUGUAACAAGGAGUGAUCCAGUUUACUUAGGGCUAAUGCAAAAAUCUACGGUCAAGUAUCGUGUUGUUUCACCAACGAAAAUUAAAAUAAAUACGUUAUAUUAUUUUCAGACUUUUUAGGCUUCUCCAUAGGGCUUCCCUACUCCCCAACAAGAGCAAGAACAGCAGCAACAACAAGAAUUAUAAAGUAGUUUGUAGGCUUACUCCCAGAGUAAGUGAAAACCCAGCAUUCAAAUGGCAAGACCUUAUUUGAAAAUAUGUAACCAUUAUCACAUCAAUAUUUAAAAAAACCACCAGAAUGCGGGGAGAGAAAAAUCGCAACUUAUGAAGAUGAAUGACAGAAUAAAAGCAAAUUGAUACCAUUGAAAGAGAUGCAAAAAUGAAUUUGUUGAUGGUUAUGCCCUCCAUGUGGAAGAUAUACCCAGAGAGGGAGAGACAGAUAAAGUUAACAUUUUGUAAUAAGGCUCACUGACCUGUUAUGGGAAGUGAAGUUUAUGUUAUGUGCCCAGUCCUACUAUCUAAACUAAACUAUUAAUUGGCAUGUACUAACGAUGAUGCUGCUGACUAACGUUGUGAAGUACUGAAGAGAUUUAAAUGUCUGUGAAUUUUAAACUGUCUUGGCGUCCUAGAUACCUAAACGAGCUAUCGAUUUGUGAAAAACAGAAAAUUGACUUCAUCGAAAGUGACCCCUGAACCGAACCUUGAUUCCGAAUGGUAAAUGUUUUUGUGGAAAGUUAUGCAAGUGAAGAAAGAAAAACAAGUCGUGAUCCGACCUCCAGCUACUCGUAAGUUGUAAAUGUUAUAUUCCUAACUUUAACAUAAAUUCAAACAUACUAAAAUCCUACAGCCAAAUAGAACCUUGUUUCACUAAUGAAAAUAAAAAUAAAUGCGCUGUAUUGUAUUUAGAAUAAUUUUCCUGUACUGUUUAACAUACACAUUAAUUGUUUUUAACAUUUUUAUUCUAACAGAUAAAUCAUAUAUGUCAAAUCCUAAAAUUGCUGUAUCUUUAACUCAACGUAAAACACCUUUUACAGACCUUGUUAGCCUCUUCCAUAGACCUUUCCUAUCACA